GACAGGGACACGGGACAGCGUCUUCACUACUAUCUUCACUGGAUCCUCAAGAAGUCUGAAAGAGACAAUCAGCAAGUGAGAGACUGAGAGUUUGCUUUUUAAAUCAAGUGUUUGACAAGGAGAAACAUGAUGUCCCAGCGCGCCGCCUUCACCAGUCUGUUCGCCGACGACCCUUUCUUCAGCCAGGACCGGCUGCUGUGGCCAAUGAAUCACGGCGUCCUCUCGUCGCUGCAGCAAGACUUCUUCAACCGCAGGUCCAACCUGGCCGACAGUCUCCUGAGGGAGCUGGACGAUGAGCACCCCCUGCUCAAACUGAGCCCUCUGCCCCUGCUGUCCUCCACGCUCACCGGGUUGACUGACGCCAAAGAGCAGAAAGAGACUUCAAACAUGGAGCUGCAGAAAAACGUCCAGCAUCACGCCGAGAAGAAAGGCGACCUCCUGGUGACCCUAGACGCUCGUGGUUACGCCCCCAGUGACAUCACCAUCAAACUGGAGGGGCGGAGCCUUGCGGUGGUGGCCAUGAAACAAGCCGGGGCAGAAGAAAGCGAGACUUGCUCCUCCUCCACCUCUUGCGCCGCCUUCCACGCCGCUGCCUCGUCUAAGGCGGGAUUCGCUCAGAAGAUCGACCUGCCCGCUCACCUGGAUCUGUCCGGCCUAUCCUGCUCCCUGAUGGAUGACGGACAGCUGCGAAUCCACGCCCCCGUGGCCAAGCUGCCAAUCAGUGAGGAGGAACAGGAGGGGCCCGCCCGCUUCAGGUCAUCGCUGGAGUUUCCCAUUAAAAAGGACAAGACGGGGGCGGAGCACACAGACUAACGCCCACAUGACACGCCCCCCCCCAUGCACUCACUGUUUGAAUGUAAUCACUUAGACACACACGCACACUUCCACUUAAAGACUGUCUAUGAAUUAAGUUUACAUUUACUAAAUGAAGAGAAUAUUUAUUUUGUAAUUCAAUUCUUUAAUUUGUAAUUCAUGUUUUGAGAAAUAAAGUGUUUGAUUUUCAGAAAAUGA